AUGGAAGCAGUUGGUCAACCGACGGAAGCAAUUUUGUCUCGACAUGGGAAUAGCAGGGGCCGAGUUGCCCUUUCUUCUCCUCCACCAUGUCAUCUGCCUGCUGAACGCUCCUUCGACGCUCUCUGUGUAACACCCCUCCACUCUUUACACGCCCAACUUCUACAGAUCCACUCGCUGCCCUCUGCCGUCAUUUCUCGAUGGGCAAAGCUUUCCUCCCUCCGGGCGUACCCAUCUCCCCCCACGCAUACGAUCCCGCUAGUCGCGCCUGUCUCCCGAUUGCCGACUCAUCUUCUUGCUGUUGUCCCGUCCCCAAAUGAUCGCCGCACACCCACAUUGCUCAUUCCGGUGGACGCGAAUUUGUUCCACGAAGUGUUCGACAACACGACAUUCAUACCUCAGCUACCUCCCGACACUCCCCCGCCCUCCCCUACCUUCAACCCUGCCACUGAAGCGUUUACUGCCACGGUUCCCGUCUUGCCAGUCGUUGUUCCUCAUGCCCCGUCCCUAGCACUGCUCCUACUCUUUGGCCUUGGCCUUGAGACGGACCGCAACAUGCUGGCGGCCCAUCUCCUCCCUGCGGAGGCCAUUGCGGAGUUUCCCAAUGCGGCAGCCAUGUCUGGUGUUGUCAGCCGACUUCCUACCACCCAGUUCGACUUUUACUGGGAGAUGAACCAGGGUCUGUGGAGGAACACGCUUGCGUUGGCUGCCCGCAAUGCACAUCUCACGGAACUCGUCCCCAUCACCCUCAAAGUCGUCGCCGACGCGCGAAAGCUCAGAAUCCGCAGGUGGUAA